AUGCUACCCACUGGAGCAAGAGAUACUCAAUUCCGUGAGAGCAAUAACCAAAAGGUUCAUCCACAACCCAUGGAAGAGGCCAUGAAUCAGAAUCCAGAAGCUGUGGAAGCCUUGAUAUCUAAGGUUUUUAUGAACAUCUCUUCCCUGAAGUCAGCUUACAUCCAGCUCCAAGCUGCUCAUACUCCCUACGACCCUGAAAAAAUUCAAGCUGCGGAUAAACUUGUAAUUUCUGAGCUAAAAAACCUUUCUGAACUUAAGCACUUCUACAGGGAGAACAAUCCCAGCCCAGUUUGUGUUUCUCCACAGGACUCCCGCCUAGCUGCAGAGAUUCAAGAACAACAAAUUCUGCUGAAAACCUAUGGGGUUAUGGUUAAGAAAUUCCAAUCUGAAAUCCAGAAUAAAGAUUCUGAAAUCCUUCAGCUUCAGCAGCAUAUUGAGGAGGCAAAAGAGAAGCAAGCAAAGUUAGAAAAGAAUCUAAAGCUCAGGGGCAUGUCUACCAAAGAAUCAGAAGGUUCCGCUGAUGAAAAUGGUUUUCCGCCUGUGGAUCUAACUUCCGAUCUCUUCACAUCAGUUGUUGAAGCUGCAUACAAAGCUAUUCAUGAUUUUUCUAAGCCGCUGAUUAACAUGAUGAAGGCAGCUGGGUGGGACCUUGAUGCAGCAGCCAAUUCUAUUGAACCUAGUGUUGUUUAUGCAAAGAGACCUCACAAGAAGUAUGCCUUUGAGUCCCAUAUUUGCCAAAGAAUGUUCAGUGGCUUUCAGCAGGAAAGCUUCUCCCUUAACUUAGACAAUCUUACAGUCACUAAGGAGAGCUUCUUCCACCAAUUUCUUACACUACGGGACAUGGAUCCAUUGGACAUGCUUGGCCAAAAUCCAGAUUCUGUUUUUGGGAGAUUUUGUAGGAGCAAGUACCUGGUAGUGGUUCACCCAAAAAUGGAGACUUCGUUUUUCGGGAAUUUAGAUCAACGAAAUUAUGUAAUGGGUGGGGGGCAUCCAAGGACUCCUUUUUACCAGGCUUUUCUAAAACUGGCCAAGUCAAUAUGGCUUUUGCAUAGGUUGGCUCAUUCUUUUGAUCCUCGUGUUGAGGUCUUUCAGGUCAAGAGGGGGAGUGAGUUCUCGGAGGUUUAUAUGGACAGUGUGGUGAAGAAUUUAAUAAUGGAUGAAAGUGAUCAAAAGCCUAAGGUUGGUCUCAUGGUUAUGCCUGGUUUCUGGAUUGGAGGCAGUGUGAUUCAAAGUCGGGUUUAUCUCUCUGGCAUGAAGGUUGCUGAAUGA